CAUACUGGUGACGCUGCCAAUGUUUUAUUUAUUGCUGGAGGAACUUGGCUGAUAAAAUGGAGUGUUUAACUGGUAUAACUGGUAUAUAUUUAAGAAAUAUAUAGUAGCAUUACAACACAAAGCAGGUAAAUUUUAAACAGGCACUUUUCUAACUUCCUGUGUUAGCUACCUUUGCCGUAGUACUAGCUUGUACAAAAGCAGAACCAAGUACAGAUUUAGUUUCCCUUCUCUAUUUAGUUACUGUUUUCAUCCUCUAUAAUAGUGCUGAAGUGGAAAAUUGUCUUUGCAUCUGUCCGUGUGAAGCAAACUAUUCUCUAGAGUUGAGUUGGUAAGUUUCUUUUUACCACAAGAGGGCGCUGCAUGUCAUUUUACCAUAUUAAUUAGAAAGUCAGUGCCGUCUGAUCUGUAGUUCAGAUUUUAUUAAAGAUGCAUCAGGGGUCUUUUUAUUUAAAGUGUAUGACUUUUCAUUUUUUAGAAAAUGUGCUGUAUUUUCUGCAGCAUCUAUUCGUAUCCUGAGUCUUCCCUAAGGAUUUGUGGACAAAAGAUUCUUGGAUGUUCUCUUAAUCUAAACAGAAUAAGCAGACAGGUUUCUUUUCUUUACUUCAGUUAAUCAAAACUUAAGAGUUAAGAGUUUUGUGGCCUAGUCAAAGUCUAAACUCACCUGCACUGGUGCCAACUUAAGCAGGCUGUUCAUCCUGGAAAACUUGAGGUUAUAGAAAAGAAGAAGACUCGCAUCCCCACAGCAUGGUUCGCACCACCACAGGAAUGUUUUCAUUUCCCCCAUCAAACUUAUGUGAAAUCCUCUAAAGUCGUCACAGAUCAAAUUGCAUACAGAUUAACUCUGUUUACUAAUUCAACAGUUUCUCUAUUUUUAUAUUUGGGGGCACCAGAGUAAAGGGAGUGGAAAGGCUUUCCUGCAUUUUUCAUUCAUGAUUCAUUAAUUUCAUUAAAAGGCCAAAGUUAAGAUUUUGUUGAGAUCUUCUAUUAACAUUUUCUUCACUAGCUUUAUGGCUCUCACCAAACUGAAAAGUAAACUGUCAUCUGAUUUCUCUCUCUCUUUUUUUUUCGUCCCCUCACUCCUGCGUUAAAGUUACAGCCACGCAGGGCGUAGCUCUCCUGCUGAUGUUCAUGCUUAAUAAAUUAUGCAAAUGUUUGUCACGUUCAAACCUGGCUGUGAGAAUGCACUAAAUCUUCUCUCGUGGACACAGGAAAACGCACUCAACAGAUGCGUUUUUAUCUUCUAUUACAGUCACAGAGGGCUUCUGCUCCUGACUCCACAUUCAAUUAUUUAUGCCUCUGAAAUGUGCAGGGUGCGUCUCUCAUGCUGGGAUGCAGCAAAGCAGAGAAUGUGCCGCUGCCCCUGAGUUGGAUGCAUUACGGUACUCCACAGCUAAUGCAGUGGCACUGAAGUUGGGGGUGGUGUGCGUGUAGGUGGGUGGAAGGGGGGGGACUUGAAGGAUACUGAGAUGAAGAGGAGGAAGAGCACAAUGGAAGCACAGACUGUUACAAAUCCCCCAGCCUAGUUUUCACUGCAGAGAAGACAGCCAGCAGUGCGGUUUUUUUUUUCAUUAUGAUGAAGAAGAGCUGGGAGGUGCGGAGUGGAGACAGAGAAGUCCUUCUGGAUUUGGACGCCAGGGGUGAAGCUCACACCACAGACGGCUACGGCAGUCUGCAGAACGGGGACUUUUUCCCUUUACGAUGUUUUUCAGCCGCAGCUUCAAAGUGCCACGUCCACGGCGAUGAUCCAAUUAAUUUGCACUGUAUGACAAGAGAUAACCAAGCGGUCUCAAAGAUGGGCAACCACUUCAGAGAUGGACGAACUAAAAUUGAUUUUGUGCUGGUGUGGGAGAUCCGGUCACGGGGCAAGCAGCGAGGGAAGGGGAAAAGCAACGGGAACUGUGAGGAUGGGGAGUCUGCACAACAGGCAGAGUGGAGGGACAAGUUUGUCCAGAACCUCCAGAGUGCCGGACUGCUCUUGGAAAAGGAGGAAUCUGCAAAUGAAAAGAAAACCAUACAUUUUCUUAAAGUCAGCGCCCCCUGGGAUGUGUUGGUUUACUAUGCUGAGGAACUUUGCCUCCGAGCUCCACUGCAGGCCCAGCAACACCUGGACCUUAACACAUCUUCCGUUGUUCUAAGAAGACUCUGCGUUCCCAACAUAAUGAUGGAAUCGGUGCCAAACAGGCCGCUGGACUAUUACACAUGCGCCUUCCGCAAGUCAAAGAUGAACAGAUUCCUCGGCUCCGAAGACCAAGACAGCUACUUCACUAACACUCAGAGACACCAGGUUGUUUAUGAGAUUCUAGCUCGGACGGUGUACGGCAAAAGAAAGAGGACGGAGGUUGGCGUGGACAGACUGGUAAAUGAAGGGGCCUACACAGCAGCUUAUCCUCUGCAUGAGGGACCUUUCAAGCUUCCGAGCCACGAGAUCCAUCCUGACGAGCUCAACCAGAGGCAGGUCCUGCACUACUACUGGGCUCGCUGGUGCAAAUGGUUCAAGUACCAACCACUAGAUCACAUUAGGGAGUACUUUGGAGAGAAGAUUGCCCUCUACUUUGCUUGGCUAGGUUUCUACACAGCCUGGCUGCUGCCGGCGGCCAUAGUGGGAACGCUGAUUUUUGUGUCAGGAGUCAUGUCCAUGGACACUAACACACCAGCGGAGGACAUUUGUACCAGUGGUGCGAAGUAUCCGAUGUGUCCCCUUUGUAAAACAUGCGAUGCUUGGAACAUGUCUGAUAUCUGCACCAUGGCAAAGCUUGGGUACCUGUUCGACCACCCCGGUACCGUGCUCUUCAGCGUUUUCAUGUCCUUCUGGGCCGUGACCUUUCUGGAGUUCUGGAAGCGCAAGAUGGCUACUCUGGCCCAUCAUUGGGACUGCAUGGAUUUCCAUGAGGAGGAGGAACGUCCCCGUCCUGAGUUUGCCGCCACGGCCCCAACUGUGGAGGAAAAUCCAGUGACUGGAGUCAAAGAGCCGUACUUUCCAGAGAAGACGAGACUGUCUCGCAUGUUCACUGGCUCCAUGGUCAUUGUCCUGAUGCUGUGUGUGGUGAUAAUCUUCCUGGUGACAGUGGUCAUGUGUCGAGGAGUCAUCAGCGUCAUGAUGUACCAGAGCGGGAGCCCUGUGCUGCGUACAGAGGCUGGAACCAUAGCUAACAUCUGCAGCAGCAUUGUGAACCUGGGCUUCAUUCUGGUAAUGGGUCAGGUUUAUACGGCCUUAGCUGAGCAGCUCACCAAAUGGGAGAUGCACAGAACCCAAACCCAGCAUGAUAACGCUUUCACCCUCAAAGUGUUCAUCUUCCAGUUUGUCAACUUCUACUCGUCUCCCUUCUACGUGGCUUUCUUUAAGGGAAGGUUUGUAGGUUACCCUACAAACUAUGGAACCUUGUUUGGGAUGAGAAACGAAGAUUGUGGUCCUGGUGGCUGCCUCAUUGAGUUGGCAGAACAACUCUUCAUCAUAAUGGUGGGAAAGCAGCUCAUCAACAACAUCCAGGAGUUCAUUAUACCCAAAGUAAAAGCCUGGCGGCAGAAAAGAACCUUGGCCAGCGUGUUGGGAGAUAAUGAACAAGACGAGCCUCGGCGCUGGGAGGAAGACUACAAGCUGGUACCGUGUGGGGGCCUGUUUGAAGAAUAUCUGGAAAUGGUCCUCCAGUUUGGGUUCAUCACAAUUUUUGUAGCAGCGUUCCCCCUCGCGCCGCUCUUCGCUCUCCUGAACAACUGGGUGGAGAUUCGCCUUGACGCCCACAAGUUUGUGUGCGAGUACCGCCGACCGGUGGCUGAGCGGGCUCAAAACAUCGGAGUCUGGUUCAACAUCUUAGAAGCCUUGUCCCAUCUGUCUGUCAUUGCCAACGCCUUUCUAAUCGCCUUCACAUCAGAUUUUUUACCACGCCUGCUCUACCAGUACAAAUUCAGGAAUGAUCUUAAUGGAUAUGUUAACUUCACCUUGGCCUAUGCACCACUCAACUACACUGACUACCCUAGGUGCAGAUAUAAAGCAUUCAGAGACAAUGAUGGAAUGUAUACACUCUUCUACUGGGAACUCCUCGCCGUGCGACUUGGUUUUAUCAUUGCAUUUGAGCAUGUGGUGUUUUUUGUUCUGCGAGCCAUUGACUGGAUCGUACCUGACGUACCCGAGUCCUUGGAGCUGAAGAUCAAGCGAGAGCGCUACCUGGCCAAGCAAGCGCUGGCUGAAAACCAGGAGGCACUGUUGCAAGCGACACGUCCUUUGGAUUGAUGAAUCGGGACUGGAAUGGAAUGCUGGGAGGAAACAUUCGAGGAAGACGCUCCUUUGAAUUUAGAAAGAUAAUUUUUUCAUCAUUUGAAAGUCAAAAAGCCAGCUCCAGAUGAGAUUCUUGAUGCUGCUGCACGCAUACUGAGGCAAAGGAAACUAAGGUCACUGGGUGGCUCUUUCACCAGGAGGAUUCUAACUUCAGUUGUUGGAUAUUUGAGCUAUAAUUUAGAUGGGCUUUCCUUUUUGGAGCAAGGCGUAAUUCAUCAAGCAUGAGGAAUAAUGACGCCGCUUCUCUGCAGAUUAACUUGAUUUAUGACUACCAGCAGCUACAGCAUGCAUUGUUGAUGCAGAUGUGUACAGAGUCUCGCAAACGUACUCACAGCCCCUUUAUCUUUUUUUUUUUUUUUUUUUACCCUUUGUCACAUUGCAACCACAAACGUCACUGUUUUACUGGGAUUUCAUCUGUCAGAAAAAAACAUUUGUAAAGUACAAGUUAUAUUCAAAGUAAAAUAUGUAGUUUAUCAUAUUUUUUUGUCUUAAAAAUAAAACUCUGAAGAGUGUGGCCUGCAUUUCUUUUCACCCCUUUUACUCUGACUCCCCUGAAGAUACAGUUCAUGAGAAGAAAAUAAAUCUCUUUGGCCUAAAGGCAUAACACUGUCCACCCUGAACACACCACGACCCCACCGUGAACCCUCUUUCUAAACUCUGGACAUCCGUCGGCAUCUUUGUUAGCCGAGAUCAGUUGGCUAAUCUUUAUUUAGCCCAGAAAAUGCACAUAUCCGGUCCAGAUUUAGCGCAACCAAAGGCUUUAUUAGCUCAGCUAUGUUUUUAAGCAUGAUUAGUCUCACCACAGUUCAACGUUGUUUUGGUGAAACCGUCUUCCUAGCAAAAUAGUUUUUUGGGGGAUAUCAGUGGCAACAUCAUGACUUGAAAUGUUUUGAAAAGUCCCAGUCAAAAAAUCUGAAUAAUCUAAUCUAAUCCACUGCUACUCUUAACGGAAUCUAAUCUAAUCUAAUCAGUGGGAAAACAAUUAUGUUUACAGAUGUUCUGCGGAAGGUUUGAGCAAUUGAACGAGCAAAAAGGUCUUCAGAUGAAAUGUGGUGGAGACAUGGCCUCGACAAACAAAUUUUGUUUGUAUCAGAGUACAGGGGUCUGAAUAUCUUUGUUUAUGAAGCGUUUGGUGUUUGUCACAUAAAAUACCAGUAAAAUACUAUGAAGUCUGUGGUCUCACACGACGAAAUGUUUAUUAUGAAAACAUUCUCGUGGAACUCUAUGUUACCUUUAAUUAAAAGCUGUAGUUUGUGUCAAACCAAAAUAUUUUUCACUGGUAGGAGUUUUUGUUUUUUUCCUGAAGGAUCCGUCGGGUGAAAACCUGACUCAACCUCGGUCUGCAAUGUCAGCUCUCUGUUAAUCAUUUGUAGUCUUUAACCUCAAGCACAGAUAACCCAAAUUUUUCUCACACUUGAAAAUGCCUCUGCAGAGACAUGAAAGACAAUAAACAUCCGACUUCCUGGACUCAGUCGGGGUUUCCCACUGCUUGAAAACCAACCGCAAUCUAUAAAUCGGAGCUUUUGCUCUGACCUCAGCCUUGAGGUCAAAGUUUGCCUUCCAUUUUUAUUGCUGGCUAAUACUGUAAGGCUGCACAGAGGGCCAGCUUUUCUUUACUCUCCUUGUUAACUUUCAGAAGAUUGUAAAAUUUGUUUUCCCUCAUAAGCACGUCAGGGGGUUUUUUCUACUUGAAUGAACUGAGCAAUAUUGUAUUAACAGUAUUGUAUGUACUGCUGAACAAGAAAGUUUUUCAUUUCAGAGUUGCUUUUUUUUUUUUUUUUUUUGCAUUUUAGACCAGAAUAAAGCUAGUUUAUUGAACGCAGCA